UUGACAGAGAAUGUAAUUUGGAAUCUACACUCCUUGGUUCUGAAUGGAAAGGUGUACAACAAAAUUCUAAAUAAAAUGGAAUUAUUUACAAUAAAUCGAUACACCGCUGCGAAAACUGAGGAAGUGGGUAAUAAUGAGGAGGCUAUUCUGCAGCAAAUACUUCAAAAGGUGGAAAAUCGUAAAAGAAAAAAGAGCACUGUUGAAUUGCUUGAUCUGGAAGCUACGCAAGAAAAAAAGAAAACUUUAGUUAAUAAUAUUAUUAGUAAAGAUGAAUCUAAAUCGCAGACUAAAGACAUUAAAACGGCGGAAAAAAGCGAUGCUGAUAGUGAUAAAGAUAUUGAUCCCAUUGCCGACGAGAGUCGUGAUUUUGAAGCAACUCAUUUUCAAGUGCUCGGCGAAGAUGUGGACAAAAGCAAGCCCAAGAAAGUCAAUAUGGUGUUACCUUCUUGGCUGGCGCAUCCAACUAUUAUUUCAACAACAAUUGCACCAAAAAGUGAGACAGCGUCUGACGAAUCAGCUAUUAAUAGGCUUACCUAUUUGGCACCACAUAUACGUCACUCACUCAAAGAAAUGCAGUUCACGCGGCUAUUUCCAGUGCAAACAGAAGUGAUACCUUGGUUGCUUGAGGCCCAAGCGAAACCACCACCAUUCCGACCGCGUGAUAUAUGCGUUUCGGCGCCUACGGGCAGUGGUAAAACACUCGCGUUUGCCAUUCCAGUUGUACAAUUACUUGCUAAUCGUGUUGAGCGCAAGAUACGUGCAUUGGUUGUGCUACCAGUGGCUGAGUUGGCAUUGCAAGUUUUUAAAGUUUUCAAAAAGUUAUGUGAAAAAACAGAUCUGACCGUUUGUCUUUUAUCCAAAAAGUUUCCAUUCGCUCAGGAGCAAGAAAAAUUAGUAGAGUUCUACAAGGGACACUACUACUCCAAAAUCGAUAUUGUAGUGACAACACCUGGUCGAUUGGUAGAUCAUUUGCAUGCGACCAAAGGAUUUUGUUUAAAAGCUUUGCGUUUUCUUGUUAUUGACGAAGCUGAUCGUAUAAUGGACGCAGUAUUUCAAAAUUGGCUUUAUCAUUUGGAUGAACAUGUGCGCACUACUUCUGAUCAACUACUGUCAGGACGCGCAGCUCCACUAUGUAUUCGCGAAUUGGAGUCCUCGUAUGGUAUACAACCGCAUAAAUUACUCUUUUCAGCGACGCUUUCACAAGACCCAGAAAAACUACAGAAUUUACGAUUAUUCCAGCCUAAACUUUUUACAUCCGUACUUGCUGAUUUAUCGGAAAUGCAAGAAAAGUUCGCUGAUGUAACUAAUAGUGAAGAGCAAAAGAGUGAACAAUUGAGGCGCGGGGAAUUUAUAGGCAAAUACACAACGCCAGCUGAGCUGUCCGAGUGUUAUUGCAUCACAGAAAAUCGCAUUAAACCACUAUCGCUUUUCGCUUUGAUAAACGAAAAUGAAUGGACCAAAUUUCUAUGCUUCACAAAUAGUGCCGAAUCGUCGAGCCGGUUAUCAUUCGUUUUGAAAUCGCUAUUUAAAGAAGAGUUGGUUAUACGUGAGCUCAGUGCAUCCAUUACCCCAAAAGAGCGCGCAAAUGUAUUGAGUCAAUUUGCGCGUGGACGUGUCCAUGGUUUGGUAUGUUCGGAUGCAUUAGCACGUGGUAUAGACAUACCCGAUGUGGACGUCGUCAUCUCUUACGAUCUACCUAGACACAUUAAAACCUACAUACAUCGUAUUGGACGCACAGCGCGUGCAGGUAGUCCGGGCACGGCAAUAACUAUGCUAACACAAAAGGAACUGCAACAAUUCAAUCAUAUUCUCGGAGAGGUGGGUAAAAUUCUAACCAAGGAAAUUUCGGUGAAGACGAACUAUGAGGCGGAAUACGCCAAACAAUACACAUUGGCACUACAAGAUUUGCGCAAGAAAAUUGAACAAGACAAACGCUUACAAUUAAUGAGAAAGGAACGCGUCAAGGAUAACGCCAAAUUGGCGGCUAAAGAUCCUUCAAAGAUGUCCGUUAUGGAGAAGUUACAACUGCAGGCUUCGACACAAGUGGGUGAUAUGGAACAAGGCAGGAAAGAAAAUCAAAUUCAAGAAAAUAAUGUCAAGAAUAAGUUGGUGAAGCGUAAGAAAUUUAAUGCAAGCGCAGGCAAAACUAAAGAAAUACAAAAAUAAUGUGCCCAACUAUA